AGCCCCAGGAGACGGAGGAGCCCGCACAGAGCACGGGUCUUUUCGAGGCAGCGAACCGGGAGUUCGAAAGCACCAAGUCAGGAAGUGAUGCUUCGGACAUUUCAGAAGAACUUUCUACACGAGAUGGAAAGUCCCCAGGAGAAACAGCACCUGGUCUGAAAACUGGACCAGAGGACUCUGCUGUCCCUGACAUUCAAGUGCAAAGGGAAGAAAGACCAACAAGCACUUGGUCGUCUUCCAGUGUGGUGGGAGAAGUAGUGACCACUCUGCAGCAGUUCAUGGAGAAGUUCGGCGUGGACCUGUUCACUGUUACGCAGGCCUUCCUGAAAAACACCGGUGAAGUGGAGACUACUUCAUACUUUCUGCAGACGGGGCAGCGCUUGGAUGGGUACCCUGUGUGGAGCAGAGAGGAUGAUUUGGAAUUGGAAAAAGAUGAUGAAUAUGUCAGAGAGAAAUUGAUAGCAAAAUUUGGAGCUGAAAACGUAGCAAAGCGGGUGGCGUUUAGGAAAAGUUAG